AAUCCGGAAGAGCCGUGCAUCUGGUGGCGUUGGGGCCCCGGAUCCCGGCUGGGGUCGGGUAUGUCUGCUCAUCGGAAGCACGGCUGGGAUCCCAGCCCAUGGGAUGACAAGUACUGUCCACAUCCAGGGUCUGCCCUUCCUCCCUUUCAGAAAAUCCUCUCACAGACAAACCACACUGUUUACUGAAAAAGUGCUGAAGAGACUUUUUCCUAAUGUUUCAAGUGGACAAGAUAAAGGGACACCUCAGACUCCUGCUUUGGAGACACCGCCCAAGAAUGUGACCCCAGAGGCAGUAGAGCACACCCAUGGUCACAAGCUGGCAGAUGGUGACAUUAAGAUCCAGCCUGAACGUCGGCUCUACACUGUGAGUUUGCCUCCUCCAGGGUAUGUUCCUAGUUUGCCAGAACCUACCAGCUGCGUGAAUUCUGAAAAUGCUUCCAGUGGUGGUGACACAGAAGAGCCAGAUCUUCAUGACCAACCAAAAAGGAGAAGAGUUAGAAGGCACAAAUCCAAGAAAAAUAUUAAAAACCCUAAUGAUGUUGUGAUAAAGCAAGCAGAACUAGAGACACAGCCAGGUCUUUUACAAGAGAAAAUGCAUGCAGAUACCCCCACAAUGAGCAAAAACAAAAGAAAGAAGCUGAAAAAGAAGCUGCAGCUGAGGAGGAAGAAAGCAGCCGGCUUAGUGACAAAGACCUUUGGGGUCAGUUUCAUGUAUCAGCCUGAGAGCAGCAGUGAGGCAGAUGCAGAUGAUGUCGCAGGAGGAGAGGCCGAAGAUGACCAGGAGGGCUCCGUCACAGAUGCCACCCAGGAAGACAUUGAACUUGCCAACAGCAAGGCAGAAGGCAUCCUGAGUUUUCUCAAGUCAACACAAGAAAUUUAUUUUUAUGAUGAUACUUCUGAAGGCUUCGAUCCAGCUGUGUGUAUAGAAACAGCUGAAGAGCUGCUUCACCUCCUCGAGUCUCGGCGCAUGCCUGCUUCCGAUGUGCUCAUUCUGGACCACAUGAAAACUCUGCUGCUUCUGCAGGACACUGAGAGACUGCAGAGCGCUCUGGAGAUGUUCCCAGAGCACUGUGCAAUGCCCCCUGACCAUGCAAAAGUAAUCUCAGCUUUUUUUAAUUAUUGGAUCACACAUAUUCUUCCUGAAAAACAAAACAGCGAAUAAAGUAUUGUGUCUUUAAGAAGAGCUACCUACUGUCUAACAAGAAGAUGUUAAAUACAAAUAUGACACGAACUGAGACUUCAUUCUUGUACAUAAAGAUUUAUUUUCUUUGUGACACAAAUUGGAUACAUUGAAGACGUUUCUACCUUAUUUAUUUCUGUGUUUUUGUAUUGUAGGUAAGGUAUUAAGUGAGAAACGGGUAAAAUUGAAGUGUUUUCACUUGCUUAUCAUCACAUAUGUUUUGAAUUACUACAUAAAACCUGAUUUUUUUCUAAUGCCUGUCAAAUUAAAAAAUUGACAUUUUAUUAAAUAAACAAUAUAGCUCUUAUCUAUGUUAGAAAUAGUAUAAAGAA